AUCGUCGAAAUGAAUUCGUCUUCGAUUUUCGUUGCUCUGCCGAAUCGUCGUCGCACAUCAACAUAGUAGAGUAAAAAGAUCAUGGUCAGGAGGUGAGAAAUCAGUAUGACGUUGACCGUAGAAGAUCCGGUUUUUUGCUGCUCUUACUGACGCAGAAGCAGAACCGCAGCGCCUUUUGAAUAGGACAACUUUCGCUUUGUUCAGUAUUUCUGUCUGAGUUUGACCAGCGUCUUUCCACUAUGUCCAAAAAGCGAUCAAGGGAAGAGAUCGAGAAAGAGGAACAGGAGGAGGUGUUCUACUCCUGUGAGGAACCGGCUACGGAGGAUGAGGAAGUAGUGAAGAAAGGUACAGGCAGACACUUUGGAUUCCAUAAAAAGCUAGCCAUGCAUGCAAAAAUAUGAGAACGCAUGAUCACGAAAUGUAUUUCUUAUUUAUAUCGAGAUUGCGAAAGUAGAAACCAUCUCCAAUGUGUUUACAGCGACCGUCGUCGAGCAGCCGGAAGUAGCUGCGAAAAAAAAAGCUGCGAAGCAAAAAGUGGAGGCGCUAUUGGCCAAGGCGAAAACGAGCCAGGGUAUCAGCUUCCGUAUUCCUUUUUUGCGAUGAUGCAUGAGGUUGCCCAGAGCUCCAGCUAGCGUGAGCACAUCGUGAAAUGUCGGCCCCGAUUCAGCAGGUGAUAAAAGCACGAAAUCCCAAUCAGGUGACGGCAGCAACAAAGCGUCUAAGGAUGGCAGUCCGCCCGCGAAGCGUCAAAAGAAGUGAAGAAAGUCGUGUUGAAAUUCGUGGAGGCGACAAGCAGCAGACAACGAAGAAGUUCGAGUAGUGUACAAUAAACCGAAGUACUAGGCAGAGUCAAAGUGCAGACGGCUUUCAGCAAAAACCCAAGAAUCAAAAACUUAUGUAUCAAACCUGUUGUUUUGUUCAAACAAUGAGAUGACUGAAAGUGAAAAAGAAUCUGCUAUAUAAUCUGUCCCGGUUCUUUUACUUCAAUGAACGAUGACUAUGUAUCAGAUGUCAGUGACAGCGUAGAUCAUGUGGCGUUUUUUUACGUACUUUUCUGAGAGACCGAGCAUAUUCAUUUGAAGCAACGUUCUUGACGACAGCCCCUGUAGGAUGAAAAUCAGCUUCCA